ACCAAACAGGCAAACUCUUGUGCCACCACUGCCACCACAUUUUAUGCAAAGGAAUGCCAAUGUACAUGAAUUCCAAGCAGGCUAAGAAGAAAAAAAAAAGCUGAUUAGACCUUAGACUGCCUACUGAACGGGAUGACAGCCACCGCUGCAGUGGAAACACCAAAAAUGAAGAAGAGUGCCUCCAAGGAAGAGAAGCAGCAGUCUAAGCAAGAGAAUACAGAGCAGUGCAAUGCUGAUUCUGAAGAGUGGCCGGGCUCUGAGAGUGAUCCUGAACAAAUGAGCCUUAAAAACAGCAACAAUGACAAUAGUUGCCAACUGGGAGAUGUUCAAUUGAAUAAAAAGGAGAUCCUUUCUAAGCCACACCGCCAGCUAUGUAGAUCACCCUGCCUAGAUCAUCCAAGCUUCUCCCAGAGCAGCAUUCUACAUGAUGGGAAGCUUGACUUGGAAAAAGAAUACCAAACCAAGAUGGAUUUUGCUUUAAAGUUGGGUUACGCAGAGGAACAGAUUCAAUCAGUGCUGAACAAACUGGGUCCAGAAUCGCUUAUUAAUGAUGUAUUGGCAGAGCUUGUCAGACUUGGGAACAAAGGUGAUUUGGAAGGGCAAGUCAACUUGAGUCUGUUAGGGCCUCGGGGGCCCAGCUCCAGAGAGAUCACAAGCCCUGAGCUGUCUCUUGAAGAUGAAAUAGACAACAGUGACAAUUUGAGGCCAAUUGUCAUAGAUGGAAGUAAUGUGGCAAUGAGCCAUGGGAAUAAAGAAGAGUUCUCCUGCAGAGGAAUACAACUUGCUGUGGAUUGGUUCCUAGAUAAAGGCCAUAAAGAUAUUACUGUAUUUGUGCCUGCAUGGAGAAAGGAGCAAUCCCGCCCUGAUGCACCAAUUACAGAUCAAGAUAUCCUACGUAAACUGGAGAAGGAAAAGAUUCUUGUCUUCACACCUUCCCGAAGGGUCCAGGGCAGGAGAGUUGUUUGCUAUGAUGACCGGUUCAUAGUCAAACUGGCUUUUGAUUCUGAUGGCAUCAUUGUAUCCAAUGAUAACUACCGAGAUCUUCAAAUUGAAAAGCCAGAAUGGAAGAAGUUUAUAGAAGAGCGCUUGCUGAUGUAUUCUUUUGUGAAUGACAAAUUUAUGCCUCCAGAUGAUCCUUUAGGACGUCAUGGCCCAAGCCUUGAAAACUUCUUAAGAAAGAGACCUGUUGUUCCUGAACACAAGAAGCAACCAUGUCCUUAUGGCAAAAAAUGCACCUACGGCCACAAGUGCAAAUACUACCAUCCGGAGCGGGCCAACCAACCGCAGCGUUCGGUGGCUGAUGAGCUCCGCAUCAGUGCCAAACUGUCCACAGUAAAAACCAUGAGUGAAGGCACCCUGGCCAAGUGUGGCACAGGGCUGUCUAGUGCCAAAGGUGACAUAACCUCAGAAGUCAAACGCGUGACCCCCAAGCGUCAAUCGGAUCCCAGCAUCCGGUCCGUGGCUGUGGAGCCUGAGGAAUGGCUGUCCAUUGCCCGUAAGCCUGAGGCCAGCUCUGUCCCCUCACUUGUGACUGCUUUAAGUGUCCCCACAAUCCCACCCCCCAAAAGCCAUGCAGUGGGUGCCCUCAACACCCGUUCAGCCAGCAGCCCAGUGCCAGGAUCCUCUCAUUUCUCCCACCAGAAGUCCUCAUUGGAGCACAUGACCAGCAUGCAGUACCCGCCCAUCCUGGUUACCAAUAGCCAUGGGACCCCUAUUAGCUAUGCUGAGCAAUACCCAAAGUUUGAGCCCUUAGGGGACCACAGCUACUAUUCAGUGUUAGGCGACUUCUCCAAACUGAACAUUAACAGCAUGCAUAAUCGAGAGUACUACAUGGCUGAAGCAGACCGGGGGUUGUAUACCCGGAAUCCCAACCUCUGUCCUGACAAUCGUAUGAGCCAUACCAGGAACGACAACUAUUCCUCUUACAACAACCUGUACUUGGCUGUAGCUGAUACUCAUCCUGAAGGCAGUUUGAAGCUGCAUCGCUCAGCAUCUCAGAACCAUCUUCAGCCUUUUCCUCAUGGUUACCAUGAAGCCUUAACGCGAGUGCAGAGCUAUGGCCCAGAAGACUCUAAGCAAGCCCCCCACAAGCAAUCAGUCUCCCACUUAGUUCUGCAUGCCCAGCACCCAACAACUGGAGCACGCUCCAGCUGUCCUGGAGACUAUCCCAUGCCUCCCAAUAUCCAUCCUGGGGCAACCCCCCAGCCAGGACGUGCCCUGGUGAUGACUCGGAUGGACAGCAUUUCUGAUUCUCGCCUAUAUGAGAACAAUCCCAUGAGGCAAAGACGUCCUCCUCUGUGUCGGGAACAGCAUGCCAGCUGGGACCCACUGCCCUGUGCAACUGACUCUUAUGGCUACCACUCCUAUCCCUUGAGUAACAGCCUCAUGCAACCAUGCUAUGAGCCAGUCAUGGUACGGAGUGUACCUGAAAAGAUGGAGCAGCUUUGGAUGAAUCCUUGGGUUGGAAUGUGCAAUGAUUCCAGGGAGCAAAUGAUCCCAGAGCACCAGUAUCAGACCUACAAGAACCUCUGCAAUAUUUUCCCUUCAAACAUUGUUCUUGCAGUGAUGGAGAAGAAUCCCCACACAGCAGAUGCCCAGCAACUAGCAGCCUUGAUUGUUUCUAAGCUUAGGGCUGCACGUUGACAUGACAUAGGACUUAUUUCUUUAUAUAAAUAUGAAUACCUAUAAUGCACUAAUACUAUGAUAACAGUAACUAAUAGUUUUGUGUUACACUUUACAAGUUACAGACUGUUUAUGUUAUUGAAGUGCAUAACAACCCUGUGAGGAAAGUCUUACUAAUGUCUUGUUUUCUAGACAAGGAAACUGAAGCUCAGUGAGUUUAAAAGUGACUUGCUGAAGUCACACUGCUAGCAAGUGACCAAGUCAAGACUCACACCCAAGUCCUCUGACUCCAAGUCCUAUACCCUUUUGCACUGCACCAUGCAGGUAAUGGAGGACAAAACCCAGGGGAAAGGCUUAAAUGCAAGAGACCCCAAGGGAUUCCAUUACCAACUGUUUUCUUAGUCACACAUUCUAUAUUAUGAAGUAUCAAUGACAUAUCUAAUUUAGAGAGCAAGAGUAUCAGGAUCAAUCCAUAUGUUGAAUUAACCAUUUAGGAUUUUUAAUAAGAAUAUUUAAACCUAUUUAAAAGUAAACAUAUACUUUACUGCAUGGAUAUCUGACCAUUCAAUACAUUUAUUAACUGAGAUAUAGGGUCACACUGAAGUUUCUAGAGCUACAUUUCAAACCUAUUGUUAGCAAUUAUAUUGCAUGUAUGACUGUAUGUAUUUAGUUUGAGGUGUGUGUGUAUGUGUAUCUCUAUAUAACCUUUUGUAUAAUGGUGAUAAAAAGACAGACUUUGCACAGUCCUUAGUCUACAGCUGUAUAGAUCACAAAUCUGACUUGAUUUUACAUCAUAUUUCAUAGUUUCAACUAGUUUUGAAAGUGAAACUACAUCCCAAUAUUUGAAUAUUGCUUUCUUAGGCACCAGAGCAAACUGGCUCUAUUUCCUUUGCACUUUUUACUUCUCAACAUUUAUUGAGAGUUCUUCACUUUUAAGUCUCUUCACCUUAGUAAAUUAGGGAUCAGAUUGAAGCCUUCUUCUGCAGAAGAGGUGAUGGAUAGUUCCAAGUUGAUACUCUCAAGUUCCAAGCAUAGUAGUUGCGUGUGCUAGACAAGCACAGAAGAGUUGGACCAGAACCAAGGGAUUUACUACCAGAAUUUGCUUCCCUUAAUCCCAGGAGAGAUGGCCAAACUCAUCUGGCAUUAAAUGAUGAACACAAAAAACUGCAUUCAAGGGGGUCCAAUGGAUGCUCUUUGGACUUCUGACCUAUGCAGUAUUCAGCAUCACAGGAUGAAAUGCAUUGAAGGAUAGUGCACCGUCAUGUAAUCCACUUUCUCCUGCCAUCUAACCUUUGGGCAAUAAGGUCGAUCAUUGGUGGAGCAGAACUUUAAGAAACACAAUCAGGGGAUUUUCUAGGUGGAAAAAGCUUCCAAAAGUGGAUACUACAUCUUUGCUAAUAACUGGCUCAGUUACAUACUUCAAAUGCAUGGAGAGGGUGCACUUGACCUUAGGCGAUUCUUAAAUGGAUUACUAAGGAAGGCAGGACUUUGGGUUGACAGCACUAUAUGGGCAACUUGUAUCUCGCUCAGGGUGGGAACCUUUGUAGCUAAAUGCCUCUAGAAGAGGUAUUUAUUGUUUUUGUUUUUUUAAACAGCUGCACUAAAUAAACCCCUUUUUGAAUCCAUUGUAUAUUGCAACAUUUUGAACCAUGACCAGCUCACUAUUUCUUGAGCUGGAACUUGCUAAUUUCUAUGGUAGUUUUUUUUCAUGAAAGUUGAGAAGGCCUGGUCUUGGCCUUUUGUUUCUUCAUGAGAAGGUGUGACACUGCCUAUAAAUGUUUCUUACUGUGAAACACUCCGAAUGUGAGACUGUAGUCAGGGUUAUUUCUGGUGGUUUGAUAACGGCUUGCAUGCUGCUUUCUGGCUUUCUGUCUCUGUCCUGGUUGAUCAAAACUUCCUCUUGGUGUUUCUCUUCAGUUUACUACAGUUCACAUUCAUCUCCUACCCUUUGAUCUUUCUAUCUCCCAGCAUACUGAGGAGUAAAAGUAUUUUCUCCCAGGUAGGUCCAUAGAGUGAAGUGCUUGCCGUUUCACACAAACACCAUUUCAUACCUUCAACUUCUUGGACCUUCUAAAUCUGUCCCAUGUCUAAGUCAGGGUACGUGACAAUCUUAGAUGACUCUACUGCCUUUGUGCCAGUUAGUUCAACUUCCUAAAAAAAAAACAUCAAUGGUACCACAGUAUCCACUAGCUGCACACUGUACAGGGAAGCACAAGAUUAAUCUUCUCAGCUGCAGUUCAUAUGGAACAUAUUUAUGUUCAGCACUCAAAAAAAAUUCUAAGCUCCUCCCAAUACAGGAAAUAUUUUUUAAGGCAGCAUAUGUAUUUAUUUCCUAAAAACAAUUGUCAUUCUUCUCAUAAAAUGUGUAUGAAUCAAAGCAGCUAGGAGCAAUGCCUCAAAUAACCAGAAAUGACCUUCUGUUGAUACAAAUUGUAUCUCUUUUUCUCCUGACUGUAUAGAAACAAAUGUACAAAACUCAUCUUAAACUAGGUUUUGUACUGACUUUUCAUUAUGAUGUUUGUGGCACUGUGUGUCACAAGGGAGUAGCCCAGGAUCAUGAGGGAGCUUUUAUUUACAAAGGGCAGUAGUUUAUAGACAAAGACAAUUUUUCAAGGCCUCUUGAUUACUAUGUGCAAGAUACUGUGCAUAGUUUCAAGCACUAUAUGGCAUAAGUUUCUCUUUAGCCGAUUAAAUUUAAUAUGUCCUUGCAAAAGAUUUUGUGUACAAAAUUGUCAGUGUGAGUUGUUCAUCUGUAAGAACCUAUAAAUGGAGCUGUACAACUAUGAAUGCAUAAAUUGAGCUUGUUUAUAUUGAGGUCUGCACACUUCUUGACUGACUGUUCCAUUUUGUCUGCAAUUAUAAAACAGCAAAUACAAAGAAACAUCGAAACCCCUUUGGCUUCCUUGAUAAUGAAAUCAAGCUUCCAUCCUGGGGAUAAGUGUAUGUUCUUCAGGAUACUUACCUCCAAGUACUAAGUAGGGGUUACUGCACAGUGUUUUGUGUGGUUUUCAAGAAGUAUAUUUUGCAAGAGGUGCUUUGUAAUUUUAAUUCUUUCACUGAGAUUCUGGACUUAUAGCAAGUCUGUGCUUGUUCAGGCCUUAGAUUUUGUAGAUUUUGUGAUUUUUUUUUUCUUUUUGUGACUUUGUUGUUUGUUUUAUUGUUAUUUUUAUUUCAACCUGAAGAAGUGUGACUCUGGAGUGGCAUAGUCAAUCCAGGGCACCAUUUCUGUAAGAUGGCUCAAAGGAAAAGGAGCCUUUUCAAAGGUAACAUACAGCCAUUGCAUGCUCUCUUAAGGUGCAAGAAAUGGAAGGGGGGGGGGGUGACACAUGCCUUAUGGAAAUGGUAUACAAAACUUUUCUUCUAAGUAAUGAAAUGUGGAGAUAUAUAUAUAUAUAUAUACACACUCUCUCUCUCCUAGUUUCCAGGAGAAUACUUCUAAAUCCAUUUUUUCUAUUUUAGAAUAAAUUAUCUUUAUACAGUAAUUCAAACACUUACAUCCAUUAACUCUUGGCACUAGGUUUUCUUCUUAUAUAGAAGAGCUCAUUUUGAGAGGCACUCAGUUACUGUUUUAUGUAUGCUUUAAGUAUGGGACUUUGUAUAAACACCCUUUUUGAGGGCCAACAAUUUCAAUAUACUUUGUUUAACUCUGGGAACCAGGUCUGGAGCUGCACAGGGAAAGUAAUGUCAAGUUGUCCAAAGAGCCCUGCUCAGGUGUCCUUCCAGCCCUUCUCUACCUUCCCCUAGUUGGUUUCUCCUCAGGCCUGACACUGAGGUGUGCAUAAUCUGCAACUAAAAUGGCACUACACUUAGUUCUCAUUGGAAAUCAAACCAGUAUAUUUUGGGAACUUGCUUGUCUAAAUAGUUGAUGCCAAAAGACUCAGCAUAUUCCAUACCUAUCAUAGUGUAGCUAGCUAUAUACAUAGGCAGAUUGACUACUUUUAGUCCUGGUUUGCGUAUCAUUGAGCUAUAGAAGUUUGCUUUACCCAUUUGUGGGAUUAAAUGAUACUGUAUAAUGGCUGUAAGCUUUUAUAAAAUAUCUUUGGGUUCUUUGUUUAACCCAAACAUAAUGUAAGUCUUAAUGACAAAGUGCACAAAGCUAACCAGAGGUGAGUGAAAAUAUAUCCUGUUCCCAGUUUUGUCUACACCUGAAAUGCAUGUGCAAUGCUUUGCAAUAUGUUCUCACUAGCAUGAAUGUGCUGACUACUUCAUGAGGUUUUAAUUUGUUUCACUUAUAAUCAUGAUGGAAAAUGCUGUAUCCUUGACAACAAUGAACUGUAACUACAUUUAAUUACUGCAUAAACUUUUUGUUUACUAACCACUAAUGGCUCUGUUUCUUUACAAAUAUCACUAACAAAAGCCAUACUGCACCUACAAAUACACUCAGCUCCUAA